AUGGUCCGCCCGCUGGUUCUAAUCCACUCGGCGGUCCUGUUGCUCAUUGGGAGCGGCGUGUUCCUGGUGGGAGCAAAUCGACCACCGGCUCCUGUCAAUGUGUCCGUCAUGCAUCUUCGUUCGGACUCGGCGACCGUUUCCUGGGAGGUCCCGGAGGGAGAUAUCAUAAUCGGCUUCUCGGUCUUACAGCAAAAGCAGGACGGACACAUGCAGCGGUUCAUCCGGGAGGUCAACACCACCAGUCGAUCUUGCGUUCUUUGGGAUCUGGAGGAGGAGACGGACUAUGUUAUCCAGGUGCAGUCCAUCGGGCUCUACGGAGAAAGCCAAGCUAGCAAGAAGGUCCAUUUUCGUACUCUAAAGAAGACUGAUCGCUUCCCUUCAAACAGUUCUAAUCAAGAUGACCCAACGGUGGAAGGCCUGGAGAAGUCCCGACAUCUGCAGACAGGCGAGGUCAUCAUAAUAGUGGUGGUUUUGCUCAUGUGGGCAGCGGUCAUCGCCCUGUUCUGCCGCCAAUAUGACAUCAUCAAGGACAAUGACUCCAGCAACAAUAAGGAGAAGGUCAAGCCGUUGUCCGAGAGGAGCACGCCUGAGCAUCACAGUGGAGGGCUGCUCAGGAGCAAGUUUCACCCGUCCGUGCCGUCCAUCAACAUCAUCGAAGUGUGA